GCAAAAGGUGUGUUAGAGGUGAAUGUCAUUUGCAGAAGUAGCUUUGCUCUUUCUCGAGAAACGAGGGGCAAACUUUUAGUCGGAUUAAAAUGGUCAAAGCUGUGUCUAGUAUGUAUGUAGAGAUAUAUACAAGUACGCAAUGAUAUUUUAUGUGUCCCUUCCGAGGAUUCGGAUGCUUUCUGCUAGUAACGAGGAACAAUAUGGCGGCGUAGAGAAGACGUUUGCUGUCGGAAGUAUUUGUGUCAUUAUUAAUCGGAUUAUGAGCGUGCUUUGUGACAGUGGGGACAUUUCGUCAGGAAGUCAAUACGUACAAUCUAAAUUUGAGCUUGAAUGCAUUUGCUAAUUACCGGCUAUAUCAGUUUGUGUUACGUAAAUUAUUGUAUCGCAAUGUAUCAUGGGGUGCGUUCCGAAAUGUACUGACAGUACUGUAAAAGUAGAGACAUCUCUCUAAGCUGCGUAUGGAGGAAUAAGGACGCAGCGUUGGUUACAGUACUGGCAGUACUGUCAGCACAUUUCGAAACGCACCCACGGUAAUUCGAGCAUCAUAGCUACUUACUGUGGUGGAGUUUACCGGUUACGAUGAGACUGCUGGAACUUAUUGUCCUUGGAAGAAUAGUGGAUAGGUUAGUUGUAAAUAUCGUGCAUAUCAUCUUACGUAGCAGCAACGUAACAAUUCAAUUGGAAUACAAGAAUACUACCCCACAAGGCGUCCCAAUGCCGAGAAGUAUUAGUCGUCAAAAUGUUUCUGCAUUAGCCACACGAAAAAGAGGGAUAACUGAGGAAAAUGGUAAAAAAAAAUUUCUCUUUGGUUUAACGUAUCUCGAUAUGGAUCACGUGUAUUUAUACGGUUGUACAGUAGUAAGCUUGUGUGGAAAUUUCGCCAUUUAA